UCACAGAUUCCAUUUUCUGAGGAUCGUUAAAAUGCGUUUGUGCACAUCACAAAAUAAGACAAGACCAUUAUUCAGGUCGCUUGUUUCUCUUGUGCGUCGUUGUUGCAUCUUCGAUUAGUUAAGCAUAUACUUUUGCAGCACAAGGUUGAUACGAGAAACGUCACUCGCAAACUUGGUAAAAGCAGCAUGAACAUUUGUCCGUUCUACUUACGGGAAAACACGGCAGUAACGGGAGCAUUUCUCCACGCAGUUUACUUCAGCGAUAUACAUUUGAUUGCGAUUGCGACUGUAUCUUUCUAUGCCACCAUACAUGCACAUGUGGGCGCCCUUAUGUGAUUACAUUUUGCUUAUUACGCAUGAAACGACAUAUAUAGAGGACGUUAAGCACAAUGCGCUGCUUUAGUCUUACUGAUACACCACGUUUUACUUGUACACUUUUCUUGCUUCUUUUACUGGUACUACGUCGCAAGAGAGAAUAAGUCACCGGGAACGCUGUUCGGCUUCUUUAUCGCUCUUCGCGCAAUUAUGGCAAGAAUCAUCAGCUUUACAUGGAUGGUACUGGCAGUGGUAAGACAUUGAUGCUUAUUCAAUAUAAUAUUAUUAAAUGUUCUAUUAAAAUUUAAAAAUUACAUGUCACAUUAAAAGAAAACCUGGAUUAGCCAAUAAAGUUCUUAAAGAACAUUAGAGAAAAAGAUAGGAGUAAGUUAAUGGUUGGGAAGGCGAUAGUGCAGGCGAAACCGCUGGAUUCGUCGAUCGACGAGUCGAUCAAUGAAGUGGAUCACGACAACGUGAGUCUGCGAAGAAAGGAACAAGCACGGAACUCUGCUUUGCCGACCAACGAGGAGCAAAUAACAGCCACCAUACGGUCCGAUGCAACCAACUCGGCAGCUGGUACCGUGAUCGAUGCGACUGUUCGACCUACCCCGACGAUAAAGCCAGGCCCGUUCUCUUGGUUCCUGACACCGCUGACGCAGAAUAUCCAGUUCUCGCCGCAGUCGUUGCUACAGGAUCGUCUGCUUCUGCUGAAGGAAGCGUUUAACAAGCUGGGCAUCAAUCCCGCGCCGAAUGCAACGGCGAAGCAACUAGGAGGACCCAGCGGCCUGCUGCACUUCGUGGGCCCCAACGAUACUGGUUUCUACACGAAUCGGCUGGAACCAGCAGGUUUCCUGGGUGGAAAUGGCUGGUUUGCAAACAAGGGCGGCAUUCUCGGGGGGCCCGGAGCGAUCGUCUCCACCGGCAGCCUCCUCACGGAUUAUCCGACUCCUUACAGGAGAAAAUAGGACGCGCCGCGGGAUAUCCUCGUUCAUUCAAACGCGUGUAAAUAAUCGACAAAGGGACCGACACGUUGCAUUCGCGCACCGAGUUGCGACUUCACGCGUGACACAAUUUCGACCGGAGCCCCCGAGAGAACGUCGUAUAUGCCAAGUAAGUCGCUUUGAAGAAACGUCGUUUACAUAGUCACGGAUUAUUCGUCGUCUUCAAAUGAGACACUGGAGAUGAAAUAUUAAGGAAGAAAAAUGCUUUUCUCUUUUCAUUCUCUUUGCAUUUUGUACGUAUUUAUAUUCACCGUAUUUCUUAUGUACACUCGUACUUAAACGCAAUAAAAUUUUACCAAUUUAAACAAACCAUGUAAGACCACGAGAUUGAAAUCGGUCUCAGUUUCCUCGGAAA